CCCGCCCAUCCCGGUUCCCGCAGGGCGGCUGGCGGCCUCUUUAUUAUUAUUAUUAUUGUUGUUUCUCCUUUUUUUUUUUUUUUUCUUUGCCUUUGGACGCUCCCUCGGUCCGCGAGCUUCUGGUUGUCCGGGAACGGCGGCGGAAUUCGUUAUCCGUGAUGGCGGGAGGCGGCGGAGCAGGGGGGCCCCCGCGGAGGCCGCUGUGCUUGGCUGAGGUGGAGGCGGGCAGCGAGAACGAGCGGCUGGGGGUGGCCCGGGACAGCAUGCUGCGCAAUCCCCUCAUCCUCAAGGCAGAACUGGGAAAGCCCCAGAGAAACUGCUAUACCCUGCCAGGCUUUGAUUUUUCAUACGGGCUGUACAUCGAAAGGACAGAUGGAGGAGUCCCUGAAGCAAUAGGCCACUGGAACACAAUAAAGCCCAGGACUGAUUUAGCUCCAAAUAUGCCCCGGGACUUCAUCACCAUGAACCGCGGUGCUCUGAAGGCUGGUUAUACCACAGCCCGUGAAUUUAACUUGUACUACAAGGCCAAGGACAUACGGCGCAAAGACGAUGAAUACAGUCGCUUCAAGAGAUCUCCUCCCAAAGUACCUGCAGACAUGACUUAUGGCAUCCCAGCACGGCCUUCCACUCCCUUUUUUGACGUCCUCCAUCACAAAUACAAGGAGCUGUGGAUGGAGCAGCAGAGAGCACUGACAGCAGCUCAGCGAGUGGAAAAGAAAAAGAAAGACAAAAGGCGUGAAACUCGUACUACAUUUCUCCGAAAACAGCCAGCACCUGCUAAGGAGGAGUCCUUCUGGCACCUGCCCCACCUGGAGAAGGUUGGGCCUCAUCUCAGUACUUUUCCAGACCAUAAUGCUCGUAAAAAGGCAUUCAGUGCCUCCCAUUGAGAAGUGCCUGUGAGACACGCUCCCAUUCCUCAGGACGUCCACGCAGCGAGCUGAAGCCUGGACCAGAGCCCUGUGCUGGGCACCGCAGCCCCCAGGCCCCUGUUUUGGGCCUCAGACAAUGGUUUUCUCUCAGGUUUUUAGAAGUUAUGCUAAUGCAGAUAUAGCCAAAUAAAUCAUUAACUUGUAAGGAAA